ACAAGUGUGAACUUAUAUCCUUAGCAUUUUGUCACUGCAUUUGUGUGUGAAUGAAUGUGUUUAAGCGAUAACAGUAUUUUCCUGGAUUAUAGAAAGGUCAGGACAGGUCGACCGGCGUGUUUGGAUAAAUUUAUCUCGUGUUUGGAUAAAUUUAUCUCUUGUUUGGAUAAAGUUAUAUCGUGUUUGGAUAAGCUAGUGUGCAACAUGUGGCAUUAUAAUCAUAAUUCGUAUUACAACAGAAACCCUCACCAUCAAAUGCAUCAAUAUCAUGCUCACAAUCACAGGCCGUCGCCGUAUUCUGUGCCGUCGAACUCUUUCGUCAGUGGAAUCACCUCUAUGCCUAGCCUUACCCCCACCACCCUAGCCAACAUUGAGCGCACGUUCAUCGAACUACAGGCCGUCCCCGCGGUCAAUGCGUCCACAGGCCAGGACCCCCACACCCAGAGUGGAUUCGUACCCCCUAUCGUUGACCCUGUGACGUCAGAACGGUCAAACGACGCCUACGGAGACUACGGAGACAGUAACUCAGCCUCCGAUCCUGAGUGGGUUCCAGUAGCAAAGCGGUCAAGGAUUGAAUUGUCUGACGGAUCCAGUGCCAGCAAGACCAGUGAUCCGAUGUACUCUCAGGUCACUACCUCCGUCCCCCCGGGUCGCAAAAGGCGUGGGGCAAGGGAUGUCAAACUUUCUCCUGAAGAGGAAGAGAGACGGCGAGUCCGACGAGAACGCAACAAAGUGGCUGCUGCCAAAUGUAGACAAAGACGAGUUGAUCAUACCAACCGCCUCACAGGGGAAACCGACCAGUUGGAAAGUGAAAGGGACGACCUUGAAUCAGAGAUCCAGCAACUUCAGCAGCAGAAAGACCAACUCGAAUUUAUCUUGCAAGCCCAUCAGCCUCUCUGCAAACUGGAGGAACGAACACAACAGCACCAGAACGCAUCCCCAUCCAUUACAAUGCCAUCAAAGGUUAAGAUAAAGAAGGAACCGGGCGUGGACGGUAGGUCCACUACGUGUCCCAUGGGCAAGGGUACGACAACAAGCACCACUGGCAUGAGACCAAGCUCUCUGGACAUCAAAACGGAGGACCGAAAGAAGGUUACCGUUACCAGUGCUACUGGAAUUCCGAUUACAACGCCCUCUAACGGCUUUUACUUUGCCAUGGAUAGCAUGGUUGACCAUACGGGAUUAACUCCCAUCACUAACGGCCCCACAUCUAGUUGUGGCACAGAGGCCAAUAGAACUACCAGUGAAAGUAGCUCGGAAAAUGUGAAUUCUCCGACACUAAUUUCCCUCUAGAUCAAACUUUAGGAAAAUAGAUCUACUGGAAGCCGAGAUUGGAAUGAGAAGGAAAAACAAAGUUCUUGAUUUCUUAUGAAAUUUGGGAAUUUCCUCAUUUUUUCAUAAAAAACCAGACCUUGUAAACAAUGUUCUGGACGUUUUCCACUUGAUGUUUGACGUGCUUAUGUACUGCUGGACGGUUUGAUUUUGAGUACACAAACAGUUUAUUUCAAUUUUAAUGUAUUUAUUUGACGGGAGAAUGCGGGAAGUGUUCCUCAGCCAGUAUUAUUUUUGUUGUAUGUUGCAAUGAAAUCGAAUUGGUAUGUCAUCGUUCUAGUGUCGUGCUAUUUUAAUGGAAUUUAGUCAUAGGUGGCGCCUUAUUCGUAAUUAGUAGUCCUGGUUUCAUGAAUGUUUAUGCUAUUUGUCAAUUGCACGCUUGAGCCAUUAGUAACAUAGUUCGUAAUAACCAUGUUUUGUUAAAGUUUUUAAACGUGUUCAGUUUUUUUUUCAGCUAAAUGAAGCCUUAUCCUUGUCAUAACUACUGUUAAUGUUUUAAAGUGUUGAUAAUUUUAAAACUAAUUUAGCUGAACGUGUCUUGUUAGUGUACGUGCGGGUCACGUGACCGAAGAGUAAUACGUGUUUGUGUGUGAUAUUACGAAAGCGUAUAUGUGGCCUAUACAUAUUUACACCUGGGUAGGGUUGAACUUUCAAGAAAUACUUCAAGAUAUUGAAAGCUUGUACAAACGCAUUCGGCAUUUUUCAACCCAAUUUUUAUGCAUUUGAAAAUGAUCUCCGCAAUCAUAUUGACGACUUUUGUAUAUGUAUGUUCUAAAUUUCAAACGAUAAGUCACUAAGAUAUUUCAAGUAUAAUAUCUUGGCAACAAUGAGUUGUAAACGACCUUUACCCUUGUGUCCGAGUCCAAGUCAUGCAAUGCAAAUAAUAAUACAAAUUGUUACGGAUACAGCAUCAAUAUAUUACUGCUUCCAUUUUUUUCAUGUUGUUCAAUUUAUGAAUUUUUGUACUGACAUUUUAUAGCAAAAUAAAAAAAAUGAAGAAAACUUA